GUUUUGGCGGCAGGGUGUCUUCCUUGCUUCAGAUAGCGGUUGCACAACAAAACGCCGAGACGCGCAUGCCAACCUCUCCCUGACCUCCCCAGCCUUUGCCCUUCAACACAAGAUAAUAGUAUCGUUAUUCUACCUGCCCGCACCCCCGUAUUGAGUGUUGUGCGAUACCAUAGCAAUCGUCUAUCUUAUCGCUAGUACUAUCGAAACUCAUACACGACAUCGAUCUGGUUGGUUUGCACUUGGACGUCAAAUCUCACGAUGCGUGCUUCAAGCUUCCUCGCUCCGCUUAUCUUCGCCACCCAAUCCUUGGCUCAGGCUGUUGAAGAGGGCAUUGCGCCAUCUUCGCCUGCACCAGCUGGAUGCGAAACUACCGUCAAGGGCAACUUCACCAUUAGCGUAGAGAAUUCCUUCUCUGCAAGAUCAAAGCGCGAAACUGCCCAGGAGGCUUCCGACGGAGCGCUCUUGUGCACACUCGAAGAUGGUAUCCUCCGCGACCAAUACAGCCGUACAGGCUCUGUCGUAGCCAACCGCCAAUUCCAAUUCGACGGUCCACCCCAAGCAGGUGCAAUCUACACAGGCGGUUUCUCGGUAUGCCAGAAUAAUUCUCUUGCCAUUGGUGGCACGACUAGAUGGUGGAGAUGCAUGAGCGGUACAUUCGGAAACCUGUACGACGAGUCCAUCGGUGACCAGUGUUCGGAGAUCAGGAUUGUUGUUGGCUUUGUCGACUCGUCACCUUCCAGCUCGCUUGUUCUUUCAGCCAGUUCCACCCUAAGCUCGAUCUCUACUGGAGGAGCGAGUGUCACUCUGUCGUCAACUACCAGCGGUUCGCCCUCUGCCGCAUCCAACUCUGCUAGCAACAGCACCGCACAGCCUGUAGCUUCGGCCAGCUCGUCUCGUGCUGCUGCGUCAGGCUCCGCCAGCGAGUUGACAAGUGGCUCUGCGACAGGCUCUGCCUCUGGGAGUUCGUCGGCUACUGCUAGCGGUGCAGCUCCCCCGGCGUCUGGAGGUGCUGCCGCUGUGUUCUCCUCUGUCGUACCGACGACGUGUCUCGCAGCACUAUUGGCUGUCUUCGGUGCGGCUCUGAUCUUGUAAGCUGCCCUACAUACGGUGUUACAUCAUUUCUGCGAGGAGUUCGGACAGGCGUUCAUUGGUUUGAGCCUCAUCUCUGCAUCUCCUGGCGCUUCAUUCUGUGCAACCUGCUUGUACUGCAGCACACAUGAUUUCUACGAUACACGAUCCUUCCCUGGCAACUCGCUCGAUCCUAACGUGAGCGACGGCAUUGUUUAAGCGCUACUAUAUUUGCAUAUUAGAGAGGCUUAGUGCGCGGCGGAAGUCUAACAUUCUCAUCCGCAUUGGACAUACGAUCAAAGCAUGUAAUAAUACACUUGCUCUUGCUGCGUAGACGCAUCGAGGGUUUGUAUAGACACCCAGUUAAUAAUACUAAUUUCAUCAUCUGCACAUGUUCGUUUCUGGGGAAGGCUGGAGCCUGCAGGCAUCAUAUUUGGAAAUUUGGCAUCAUUCGGCUUCUGAAUCUCCUUUUGGUUAACAGCAUUGGUGUAUGUCGAACCAAGAGUUAAGUAAUAUGUUCGCGU